UCUUACAAAGCUCGAUUGCCACCUAAGCAACAUCGUCGAGCUGGAAGGAAAAUGUUAAGAACCGAUGAACGUUGAACAGGAAAUGCUUUUCAUCAGGCUUGAAGUUGAAGCUCGUUAGCUCAAGUUGAGGUUUCUCUGUUCUCAAGCAUGUCCAUUUGCGAAACGGACACGCGGGUAAAUUCAAUUGAAGUCAACUUGGUAAAGUCGUUUUUGUUUGCGAUCUAAUAUUUCUAAUCUGACACGAAUGUCGCCAUUAUGAUCUUUGCAGGAUUUUCUUUCUUUGAUUUCGGUUCAUUUUUUAGUAUUUUCUUUUAAAUUCUUUACUGGUGUAGUUUCGUUUCUUUUGUUGCUGUAAGUUUGAAGUUUUAUGAUUGCAGAAAGAAUAAUAUGUUUUUGUAGUAAAUGAUUUUUCUUUUUGCUUGCACAAGAAGAUUGGAAGUUGAUUUUGUUCGAAUUGACUCUCUCUUCUUCUACUUCUGUUGUUAGACCUUUUAGUUUCUCGGGUAAAUAGUGAUAAGAGGAUUUGAUGGUUAGGGUUUAUUGCAUGUUUAGAUCUCCUGAAUCAGUUUUCUCGGAAUGUGGUGGUUUAGGUCCUGGUUAUUAGAUUGAGGACUUGUCUUUUGAAAUCACACUCUUAUUGUUCAAUCUUUUCCUGUAUGAUACUCGGAUCAUUCUGUUCCAAACUUGCAUGCCGUUUUCCUUGCUUAUUUUGGCUAAAUUCGACGACACUAGUAAAUUUUUUUUUUCUUUAUUUCGAUUUUUGGUAGCCAUUUUCUGUCACUCGUUCUCUCUUUCUUUUUUUUCCCUUUUUUCUUUCCCGGGGUGAGUGUUAAUUGAAAUGUAUCGCAUAUAAGGUUAAGGAUUAUGAUAUUAAUGAUAAUGAUUUGAAGGUGCAUUCUGAGUUUUAUCAAGUAGGUACGAAAAUAUCGGUGUGAAGCUUUAAUUCUAUGAUUCUGGGCCCGUUCUAGAGGGCUGAAGUUUUGACUGAGCUGGUUUAAUUGAGCUGCUUUGGAGAAGCCACUAAAAAAGCUUGAGCGGAAAGCCACAUUUUUUGGCUGUAACAUAACUAUUUUGUGGUCCGUUUAGGUUGGUUCAGCUGCUUUGAAGCGCUCGUUGGGUGGAGUGUGUCAAGGAGUUGUUUUGUACUAUGGGUUAUGGGGCAAGCUGAUUUGGGCUCUCCAGAUUUUUCACCAAACAUAGCUUAUAGGCUGUCCACGUGCGACCCACCUCAGUAAUCCAGAAGCCACUGCACUUCAUCCCUCCAAAAUGGGCACUUGGGCUUUCAUGAUUUUCACCUAAUAUUGAUUAUUGGCUGUCCAGGUGGGGUCCACCUUGUAAAGCCAGAAGCUGCUACAUGAAAGCCCUCCCAAAUGCACAUUCUGUCAUUUUCCACAUUUUUAGUUGUCAAGGUACUCUAAUCAGAAGAUUUAAAUCUUUCGAAGUUCAAUUCAUAUUCAGAGUGACACAUUUCUUCUUCAAAUACUUUAUGGGCUAAUAUAAUUGCUCCCAGCUGAUAGUGAUUUCUUUUCUACUUUGGUAACCUAUGCUAUUUCUAUGAAUAUGGAGCAUCUGCAUCAAUUACAGAAGCUAUGUCAGGUUGAAACCAAAAGAUUGCUUUUGGUGAUGGGGAUAAUAGCUUUUACUAUAAUACUAGUUCAAUCCGUUUCACUUCCAUACAGAAAUGUCUUAUUGUCUUUAUUUCCUACUAGUAGAACUCUGGGACUUGGAAAAAGUGGCCUUGCACAUGAUGAUUCAAUCCCUGAAUCUGAAAUGGUUCAUAACUCAUCCCUCCUAAAUGAUUCAAACUCAAAUAAUUCAACCAUGCCUCCAGGGGUGGUGACAAAUUUUGGGGCUUCCCAUACGGGGGAAGAAAUUAAGGAUGGAAAUGAAACGAAGAGAAAGGAUGAAGACCAUCAGAAUGGACUGAAAUCAGAGGACGUAGGCCCAGAGAAUGCUACUGAACUAUACAGGAAUAAAGAUCUGUCUAAAGAAUCUUCAUCAGUGAGAAUUUUAGAUUUGGAUAAAAAUUCAACUAUGGGGGAUGCUAAGGAUAGAGACAACAGUUCUGCACAGGCAAAGGCUGGGGAAACACAGGAUAAAGGCAAUUUCACAAAAUUGGAUGGUAACUUUCCACUAGACAAUGUUCAGAAAGAAAAUAACAGUGUGGUGCCAGAGAAAAUUGGAACCACAGCUCUGGGUACAUCACCUCCAUUUGCAUUACCACCAGAAGAUUCAAGUAGUGGAACUUUUCUAAGAAAUUUGGAUGCAAAUUCAAAUACUUCAAUCCCAUCUGUCAACUCUAAUACAUCUUCUGUGAUCAAGCAAUCAGUAGAAGCAAUUCCUAAUGAUGAAAAAUCUCAGGCAUUGCUAAGUGGUCCAUCAAUGCCAGUUGGUAACUCUACAAUCACUAAUAACCCUGUAACAAACACACCAAAGAGUGAUGUGCUGUCAUCAUCAAUAAUGUCUCUAUCUGACAUGAACCAUUUAUUAUCUCAAAGCCGUGCUGCUUCUCAGCCCAAGACUCUGCAGGGUUCUUCUGCACGAGAUCAGGAACUUCUACUUGCAAGAUCACAAAUUGAGAACUCUCCUAUAGUAAAGAAGGAUAUAGAACUUUAUGCACCUCUAUUUCGAAAUGUUUCCAAAUUUAAAAUGAGUUAUGAACUGAUGGAACGCAUGCUCAAAGUCUACAUCUACAAAGAAGGAGAAAGGCCUAUCUUUCAUCAGCCACCACUCAAAGGAAUAUAUGCUUCUGAAGGAUGGUUUAUGAAACUGAUGGAGGCAAACAAACAUUUUGUGGUGAAGGACCCUAGAAAAGCUCACCUGUUUUACUUACCUUUUAGUUCACGAAUGCUAGAGGAGACCUUGUAUGUGCCCAAUUCACACAAUCAAAAGAACCUGAUCAAGCAUUUGAAGAAUUACAUCGACAUGAUUGCUGCAAAAUAUCCUUUCUGGAACAGAACUGGUGGAUCAGAUCAUUUUCUUGUUGCUUGUCAUGACUGGGCCCCAUCUGAGACAAGGCAGCAUAUGGCUCUCUGCAUCAAAGCUCUUUGCAAUGCAGAUGUAAGUGGAGACUUCAAAAUAGGGAAGGAUGUUUCUCUUCCAGAGACAUAUGUGCGUGUUCCAAGGGACCCUCUCAGAGAUCUUGGGGGCAAGCCUCUUUCCAAGAGAUCAAUUCUUGCCUUCUUUGCAGGGAGCAUGCAUGGAUAUGUUCGUCCCAUCCUAUUGAAAUAUUGGGAGAACAAAGAUCCUGAUAUGAAGAUCUUUGGGCGGAUGGGUCGCAGCGGAAAGAGCAAAAUGAAUUACAUUCAACACAUGAAGAGCAGCAAAUACUGUAUUUGUGCGAAAGGUUACGAGGUCAACAGCCCCCGGGUGGUUGAGGCUAUCUUCUAUGAAUGCGUCCCUGUGAUCAUAUCAGACAAUUUUGUUCCUCCUUUCUUUGAGGUUCUAGACUGGGAAGCAUUUUCCGUAUUUGUCCUGGAGAAAGAUAUUCCCAAUUUGAAGAAUAUACUGCUUUCAAUCCCAGAGGAGAAGUACCGCAGGUUGCAGCUGGGGGUAAAGAAGGCGCAACGGCAUUUUCUUUGGCACACAACGCCUGUCAAGUAUGAUAUCUUUCACAUGAUCCUUCACUCUGUUUGGUACAAUAGAGUUUUUCAGAUUGGAACAUGAGAACCAGGAGAGAUAUAAGGUAUUGACGGAUCACACAUUUAAAGUACCUCUUCUUUCUGAAGUAGAAAUUAGAAAGAGCUUAAGGCCAGAAGAGGGAGAAUGGAGCAAAGAGGAAUUUGGCAUUCAUGUCUAAUCAGCCAUUUCUUUUGAUCAUGAUUCAGGAUUCAGGAAGAUGUGGAUACAAAGCAGAUAUUUGAUGUGAAAUGUGGCAUUAAAAAAUACAGGAGAUGGAACAAUUUCUUGUAGAUGAUGGUCUGAGGUUGUAGUGCGUCAUUUUUUUAUGGAUGUUGUGGUGUGCCAUUA